ACUUGUUGUAAGUCAGCAUUUCACGGUAAGGUUUAUACUUGUUGUAUUCAGCAUUUCACGGUAAGGUUUAUACUUGUUGUAUUCGGCGCAUGUGGCAAAUCAAGUUGGAUUUGAUCUGAUAUUGACACCAAGCAACAAUAACAAAUAUUUAAAAUAUCACACUGGAGCUGGAGGCAGAUGGUUGAUUUGUUUUUAACCAAUAUCCUGAAACCUUGAGUUUUCAAGGGAAACACAGGCUAGCCCCUCCAAACCCCUUUCUCCCCCUGUGAACCCCUCUUCAUCCCCUUUCCUAAUGUAAAUGCAAUGAAGCUGCACAGGCUUUUGGGGAAGAAACUUGGUUUGCCAUUGAGGUUGUGGAAGGGGAAGGUUAGGCCUACAGAAUACCUUUUGAAGCUUUGCUCUAUAUGAGCAUUCAUUGGUGUCAAAAGCACUGGCAUAUAAUUAUUGCUUUAGAUUACACAGUUAUCCACAUUGUAAGUUUUAUUUGCAAAUAAUGAAUAUAGUGCAAGGUACAAACAGGUAUAACAGUUGUAUACAAUAGGUAAUGAUGUGUAUGGUGUUUACGUUAGGCCUACAUUGUACCUGCCUUUGUUAUAAACAUGUAAAUGCAUAUGUUUUAGGAACACAAUGUAAUGUGAGGCCAAUUUUAUUUAUGAUGAUUUUACCAAUAAUUUUGGUUGAUCACAUUUUCAUCCUGCUUCAUGAGAUAUAUCUUGACAGUCGUCUUUCACUUUUCAGUCUUUUAAAGGCUUUUAAAGUUAUUGAUUGUGUAUCUCUAUCCACAACCUUUAACAAUGUUGCAAUUCAAAACAUGUAACAGGUUCUAGGCUAAACCAGUUUGCAGCUAUUCCACAUGUGACCAAUAGGGCUCGACUUCCUGUUUCGCGUUGCUGUCUGUCACGCAGUACUGUGUGUCUCUGGAGUCACACACAAGCACAACUCAACAGACAGGAAAACAGCCUGCACUUUUAAGGUCUGGCAUUACAACAAGAACAAUGGAAGAAUAGGCACUUUGAGUAUCUGUUUUGAAAAUCAAAAGGGAGGUGAUUUCUGAAAGACAAAGUAAAUAAUCUCCACGUUUAUAUGCUUGACAUGGGAAUGUAGUAUUGUUUAAGCCAGAGGAUAUCUUCUUCACAGACUCCCGGUACCUGAUCAGGUGAAGACAUACAUGUCAUCCAGUGUGUGUCUCCCAGAGGAGGAUCUCUCCUGUCCUGUGUGCUGUGACAUCUUCAGGGACCCUGUCCUCCUACCAUGUAGCCACAGCUUUUGUAAGACCUGCCUACAAUGCUACUGGAACACCUCAGCCCUCAGACAGUGCCCUGUCUGCAGGAGAAGAGCUUCCAAGCGCACCCCUCCCUCCAACCUGGCUCUGAAGAACCUCUGUGAAGCUUUGCAACAGAGGAGGAUUCAGAGCUCAGUCGAGGGGAACCGUGUACUUUGUAGUCUACAUGGAGAGAGACUCAGAUUCUUCUGUCUGGUGGACAAGCAGCCUGUCUGUGUAGUGUGCCAAGCCUCGAAAAUACACAAGAACCAUGACUGCGUACCCACAGAGAAGGCAGCACAGGAUUGCAAGGAUGAGCUCAACGUAGCACUGAAAACCUUACAGCAUACUCUGGACUCCCUCAUUAGACUGAAGGGAACCUCUGAAGAGAUGCUCGAGUCCAUUAAGAAUCAGGCCCUGGAGACAGAGAGGCAGAUAAAGGAUCUGUUUGUGGAGCUCCACCAGUUCCUGUAUGAGGAAGAGGCAGCGAGGCUAGCUGCUCUGAAGGAGGAGGAAGAGGAGAAGAUAGGGCUGAUGAAGAGUAUGGUGACAAAGGCUGCAGCAGGGAUGUUAUACCUCAAAGAGACUAUAACAGUCAUAACACAGGAGAUGACUGAUGCUGACGACAUGGCAUUGCUCCAGAAUUGUAAAGCCACUAUAGAGAGAGCCCAGUGCACAGGGCAGGACCCGGAGAGGAUUUCAGGGGCGCUGAUUGAUGUGGCCAAGCACCUCUGUAACCUUAAGUACAGAGUCUGUAAGAAAAUGCUUCUGCAUGUUGAAUAUACUCCUGUGACCUUGGACCCAAACACAGCCCACCCCUGCCUCUUCCUGUCACAUGAGCUCACGUCCCUUCAGUACACCAGCCAGCCCCACCGUCUCCCUGACAACCCUGAACGCUUCCACAUGAGUGCAGAGGUCCUGGGCAUGACCGGGCUUUGCUCAGGAAGCCACUGCUGGGUAGUGGAUACAGGAUGUAACAACGACUGGAUUCUGGGCGUGGCCUGUACGUCUGUCACCAGGAAUGCGGAGGUCCAGGCCCGGCCGGAGAACGGGUUUUGGACCAUGUGUCUGCGAGACAGGGAGUACAGAGCGAUGACCUCACCCCCAACAGCCAUGACAGUCACAGAGAAACUCAAGAGGGUCAGAGUGCAGCUGGACUGGGACAAGGGUCAAGUGUCUUUCUUUGACCCUGCUGAUGAUGAUACACCCCUUUACUCUUUCUCACACAAGUUCACAGAGAAAGUGUUUCCAUAUUUUUAUACGCAAAGCAAACACCCUCUGAGAAUCCUACCUGAGAGGAUGUGUGUUACAGUGCAACAGAGUGGGACAGGACAUCCCUGUACAGUUCCCGACUGAUCAUUUUUUACAAUAAAUUAAUUUCUGUCAACCCA